UCCUGGCGUUGCCAUGGAUAUGUUAUUCCUAUGGCAACUGCAUGCCUUUGUAGAUGGCCUUGAGCCCCCACCAUGGAGGACUCUCUGAACCUUUCAUUACGCAUUUCCUUCAAGCUCACGGGGAAAAAAAAAAAUCACACAAGAUGCACACAUUUCCUCUCUCUCUUUGCCUCUAUCUCUCUCGUCCUUAUGUCUGGAACACCACAGUCGCAUCAUUUUUUUAUUUCAAAUUUCCAUCAAACUAUAAGUUAGCAGGUGAUCUGAUUUGUGCUACCGUUCUCUGCCGUGCGAGUCGACGCUCUGAGCUUUCUAAUUUUCGGUGGCAGUGGAAACUAGAGCCCCGCUUUAAAGAUGCAUGAGGAGUCUGGAGAAACAGAGACGAAGGCUCGACCGGAGAAAGUGUUUCUGUGUCAGAGAGAGUGAAAGGCCGGGAUGGGAGUGGUUGGUGCAGACUGACUCUGAAGGGCUUCAGGCUGAAGCAGAUUCCAGUGUCUGGGCCGUGUGUGUGUCAGUGUGUGUGUCGUGUGCGCAGCAGGUGGGGUGCCUCCACCUGCUGAAUGACCCCUGUUAGCAUCGGGGAGUACCAUGGGCUACGGGUGGGCUCAGCCCUGCUCAGCAUCGUGGCCGGCUGCAUCAUCAUCGGGGUGUCCCGGGAGUGUGAUGCUGAUGCUGUAGGAGGGAUCUUCCUGGGAGCCGGAGGCCUUGGUCUUCUCAUAUCGAUCUUCCCCUUUAUAAAAGCCUGGCUGAACAUCAACAACAUCUUCCCACCUUUUGGAAACAGAGUUCACCCCGCAGCAGCCGAACAACCAGCUGAAACGCUGAGAAGAGAAGGAACUCAGAGUCAGAUCCAGCUGGAGCGCUCCAAGAGUCGAAUGGGAACGUUUGUAGAAGGAGGACCAAUGACUGAACCCAACCCAGAUGAGGGGACUUCAGACAUGCCAGAUGUCUUAUCAAGACGAAAACAGAAACCAUCACCUACUGAUCAAGACUUGCCAUGAAAUCGACACGACGAACCAAUAAAAAUAUCAGCUUCUGAACAAAUGUCUCAGCUGAUGUGUGGGCUGCGAUCACCUCGUCAUACUUUAACUAUUUCAUCUAAUAAACCCUUUCAAUUCUGGUUAAACAGUGCUGGAUUUCCUGGUAGAAAGUGGGACGAAUAAACCAGUUGGUUAUCACCUUGUGACACAGUUAGGAAUUUGUGUCAUGUGUUAAAAAAGUUUCCCCUCUGCAAACGUUUCACACUUAUUCCACGCACAGAAGUGACCUGCACCCCACCGUGCAACACAAUGCCCGUAUUCAGGAYGACACAGACCAGCUGCUGCAUGAAAAGGCAGCGAGUGGAAGAAGGCUGCUGCCUGACAACACAACGCAGCGUGCUGUGAGGCUGAAUAAUGCCGAGCCGUGUUGAGAAGUCCAAMCCACCGGGAGGCUGGAGAGCCGGCGGCGCCUUGAUGGCAGCCAGCAGCUUGAUUGUCGGGUCUCAGAUCUCAAGGCCGGCCCRCAGAACCGCUCUGCAUCAUAAAGGAGGCUCAGCCCGUUCAGGAUGGGUGACAGAAACUGACGUAGUGAAUGAGCACUACCUGAUCAGCUUUAAACUUUAUACUCUAAAUGUUUUUUAUAAAGAAAAGGUUUAUAAUUUUGUUAUAUUUUGCUUUCAAGGAGCCAAACUUUCCUUUAACUACAAAAAGAAGUCUUCAGCAAUCA